GGACAAGUCAAAUCAGUUUUAUUUUUAUACAUAUAUUACAAGAAAUUUCUAAAAUUGGCUCCUCACAAUCAUAAAUUUUGUCACAGAGCCAAUCUUCACGAAACCUUUUCGGAUAGAGAGAUGAAAUCAAGCUCCAAACAUUAAUAUUGGAACUUGAGUUUCUCCCUCUCGAAGACAAGAUGCAAACCACUGAGCUGACAACGCUAUAUCAAUGGCAUGUGCCUCAGAGUCUAUAAUUUCGCCAGUUUAGAAAUCCACACCUACAUUCCCAAGAUUACAGUUUCUGUCAUUGGGAAACAGUUCAAGAUCAGUAUAUGUACAUUCAUGGCUCGUCUGCAACCUUCGAAUUUCGAACUUGGGCUUUUUUUCAUUCUUCUUUGGCACCUACGGUUGAGACUGGCGUGGAGCAAUUCCUAUGCACUGAAUUCGUUGUUACUCUUGCUUGCUGGAGACUUGGGCUACAUCACUAUCGAACAGUUUCAGCACAGAUUUUGUUAUCACUGGUGAAAUAUUUGAGGAAGGUGGCACGCUAUCGCCGGGGGGUUCUCGCACUAGCUUCGCAGGAGAUUCGAGGGCUUCAAAUGGCCUCACCUUUUGUGACUGAUCAUCAGGAUGUACAGAAUUCGACCCCGUGACUGUUCCCGAGUUGCUGGAGACUUGGGGUACAAAACUGUCGAACAGGUUCAGCACAGAUUUUGUUAUCACUCGUGCAAUGUUUGAGGGAGGUGCCACGCUAUCGUCGGGGGGAUCUCGCACUAGCUUCGCAGGAGAUUCGAGGGCUUCAAAGGGCCUCACCUUUUGUGACUGAUCAUCAGGAUGUACAGAAUUUGACCCCGUGACUGUUCCCGAGCUUCUCAAUCCAAAGCGCGCAGAUGCUUCCACCUCCUCAUUCAUGCUGGAGAUGACAACCAGCAAGACGAGGAGCAAACCUUUGGCGAACACCGGACUCGCCAUUAAUCUUCUCAGGCCUGUGAGCCUCCCUACACAGAAAACUUAGUAACGCUGCACAGCGCUCGCGAUGGACACAGAAACUCGCCACUGUCACCCUGGCUCCGACGACAAGACCCGAUGCUUGAAUACGAGACGACAUGCUGUAUUUAAGCACAGGCUCCAUUGUCAGAGAGUUUCGAUCUCGCUCCAGUCGUCCACGAGCUCUAGAACAAGUCAAUUCCUUGAACCCGUCAUACGUCGCUACCGCGAUUUCAGAUCAAAUUCUGCCAUGUCAGUCUGAGCUCGCGAGGAAGUAUCAUGACUUCGACUUUCUCGUUUAUUUUCGCCCGUCGCCUCGAC